AUGGUUUUAAGGGAGUUCUGCGCAGAGGGCUAUGAGCGGAUCCCAGACGCCGUGGCUGCAGGGGUACAGCGUGUUGAACUUUGUGCCUGCCUAGAUGUUGGUGGUGUCACCCCGUCCGCAGAGACGAUCCAGAAGACAGUGGAGUACUGCCACUCUAGAAAUGUUGUGGUAAUGGUUAUUAUACGCUGUAGGGGAGGCAAUUUUUAUUACACCGAUGAUGAAUUUCAAAUAAUGCGGGAAAGUGUGAUACUGGCAAAGCGCUUGGAAGCAGACGGUGUUGUUGUUGGCGCCAUUGAUGCGCUUGGUAAUGUAGAUUCUCGGAUCAAAAUGUUGGUGUCUGCUGCUGAAGGGAUGUCUCUGACGUUUCACAUGGCUUUUGAUGAAAUUCCCGUCGAAAAGCAAUUUGACGCCAUUGAUGUCUUAGCAGCGUACGGAUUUCAUCGUAUUCUAACCCAUGGUGGAGCUGCAGGUACCACUAUUGAACAAAAUAUGCAUCGCCUGAAAAAUAUGGUUGCAUAUGCAAAAAAUAGAAUAUCUAUUAUGCCUGGGGGUGGGGUGACGACCUCCAAUGUUGACAGAAUUGUCAGAGAUUUAGCCGUCACCGAAGUUCACGGAACACGGAUUGUGAAAUUUGUCCAAUCAUCUAUAUAG